UACAAUAAAAUGGUCUCUGAACCAAAACCUAAAAAGCCAAGAAAAAAGCCAAAGCCCUCUGCUCUGACAAGGCCUACUAAAAGGAAUAAGAAGAAAAAGAAACAACAAAAUAUCCGUCCCUUAUCACCCUCAUUAAGUUCUCACCUCAAUGAAAGUGAAGAAAAUAGCAGUACCGUUACAAAGAGUGAACCGGUGUCUGUAGAAGAAACAGAACCACCAGUUGAUGCAGGGGAAGUAAAGGAUCUAGGUGGACAGCUUAAUUCAGACUUAGGCAGUGACUUGGAUGAACAGUUAUCACCAGGAACGAUUGAGAAAACCCUUGAAUUCCCUCUUGAUGCUGCAGAGCUAGCACAUCAAGCUAGUAAACUUCUUGAAGAACAUGAUUUUACAGAGGUUUUGAACAAGAUACCUGAUGAAGCUUUCACAGAGCUGUUUGCUGAAAGUAAGAAUGGAGAAUAUGUCCCUUCAAGAGAAGAGACAGAAGAGCUGGAAAGGGCACUAGCAGCUGUAUCUAAAGAUGUACGAAUGGCUAAAGAGUCUCUUGCGAAGCUGUCGGGAACAGGACGAGAGCUCGGUGACCUUCGCAGCGGCCUGCUCGAAUCAGAUAACCUGGUUGUGCCAGUGAAUGAGAAUUCAUUUCAUGAACUGGCCCACAGUGGAUUGGAUAACCUCAAUGUCAUCACCAGUACCUUGUCUAGUGACCUGACCUCUUUGUCUGAGGAUCUUUCAACUAUGGCUCAAGGUCAUAUGUCCCAUCCUUCCCUCGUAUCAGAAAGCCACUUGUUACAUAAUUCACUUCUCACUCUACCAUCUGAUCUUUCUCAUUCAGCUUCCAUAAAUGGCUAUUACCUAGGACAAAGUCGUAUCCAGUCAGAUGGUUUUGGGCUACUCUCUAGUGUUCUUGAUGGUGGAGUAAUAUCGUACUCUGCUGUUGAUCCAGGAAUAAUCAGCUCAGUGGACUGUAACUAUCCUCAUGGUGCCUCACAUUUUUCAACUACAGCCGUAGGCCUUGGAAAUUCCAACACGUCGGCAGCAAAUACUGUUUUCUCGUCAGUAAGUUCUUUUUUAACGACGGGGUCUGUCAGCACUAGUAAUACGGGGGAAGAAACUGUAGACCAUACGUCACCAGAGUGGUUUCUCCCUUGUUCGGAAUCUUUCUCACACCCAGCCAAUCAAAAUGGGUUUUGCAUCAGUUCUACAGCAAAUGGCCAAGUUUUACCUAGCGUACAGCAGUUAUUAACUACCAUUGGGAAGUAUCCUCUUCAUACGUUAAGUACCGAAGUUUCAGUGGUGUCCAGUCCCAGCAGCUUGUCCACUCCAACAGUCCUCAGCGAGAAGGUAGCCGACGGAGAUCACAUUCAAACUAUGUGCGUCACCGGUACUUCAAAUGUUUUAACAGAAAAUCCUGGAACAGUCAUUGCACAGGGAGGUGCUUCCUAGCACUAGCUUGUAAUUUUAAGUCAACAUUUUGAGACUGUAAAGUAGUGAGAAUAAUUGUACAUUCAGUGUUCCUUGUAAAGAUGGCUGUAGAUACACACUUUAGUUUUCUUAUGUUUGAAACCUGCAUUUGGACGGGUACUUCUGGUGACCAGACCAUGCUCAACUGCUGAUUAAUUUUUUGUUUUUUUAAUUGUAAAGGUUAGAUGAAUGACCUAAAUUUAAAGUUAGUUUUUACACUGAAUACUUCUGUUUGUACAGCUAAUACUUUUGUUUGUUUCCUUUUGUACAUUAACUUGUUACACUACUUUGUAUUAUAUUCAAACUCUAAGGACCACUUCUUUAUGAGCAAAAGAUAUUAUAUUCCAGACUUUUCUCAUUUUGUAAUUUUAUGGAAAUCUUUUUUCAAAAGGAAACUUGAUAUCUGAAUAUUUUGAACAGUAGAUUAAAAAUAAAAAUUUUUAAAUUUGAAUCUUUUUUUAUCACUAUGAUUUAAAUGCAGAUGUGAAUUGUUAAAAAAAAAGGUAUUUUCUUAGAGUUUUCAAGCAAUACUUCAAUGAUGUCUAUUUUUAAUUAAAUGUUAAUUAGAUAAGUAGGUAAGUCAGCAAUGAUUAGACGAUUGAUUAAAUAGUUUUUUGCAACAGGAGAAAAUUGCACUUGCUGUCAGUCUCGGAGUGUCAAUACUUUUGAAAUGAGAAGACAUAUUUUAUCAUCCCAUUUUACCAUUAUUAUUGUUAAUUGAUUAAAAGAUUAAUUUUGCUUUUCUCAU